AUGAGCAACGAUUCGAUAAUUUCCAUCUCCUCAAAUUUCUCGACAGGAAUUCCAAAAUUAUGUUUGACAUCAAAACCUCCGAAUACAAAUGGAUCACCCGAAAUCGCGUUGAUCUACGUUUUUUUGUUCAUUUUUUCGUUUGUUGGAAAUUUCACAAUGUUUUUGAUAUUGUGCAGGUUUGUGAGCGAUAUGCAAGUCUGGCACACUUUUUUCGAAGGGGCGUGGCUUCAGAGUGUAACCCUGGCACACUUUUUUUCACCGUUUUUUCUGAGAAAACUUUCAAAAUUAGCCACGCCCCUUUUUGCAAGUCUGCCACAGUUUCCCCCUUCAUAAAUUUUCCAAGCCCCGCCCCUUUUCUGCAAUCCCCGCACACAUUUUUCCAGAAAUCAAAUGGUCAAAGUUCGUCGUGUUCAUUCAUUACUCCUUCACAUGAACAUUGCUCAUCUUAUAGUCACAAUUGUUGUUAUCCCAAAAGAGGCUGUUAUUCAUUAUUGGAUUGGAUGGUUUGCUGGAAAUGUUGUAAGUGCUAAUUGAGAAUUUGAAGUCGGAGAAAGGGGGGGGGCUUGAAUUGCAAGUCUGGCACACUUUUUUUGCAAUCGAAUAAGGGAGGUGGGGCGAAAUUCAAGCCACGCCUCUUUUUGCAAGCCUGGCACAGUUUUCCACAAUUUUUUAAUUGAGAUACUGUAAUUGCGCUCUAAUGACAAUUUUUUGCAGAUGUGCAAAAUGUUCAAAUUUUUCGACGCAUUCAGUGUGAUUCUAUCAAUGAAUGUGCUGAUUUGCAUAACUCUGGAUCGAUUUUAUUCCAUAUUUUUCCCGCUUUAUGCAAUGAGAGCGCGAAAAAGUGUGCAAAAAUGGGUGAUGUGCGCGUGGUUUGUUUCGUUUUUGGCCGCAUUGCCACAGGUUUGUUCAUCUCAUGAAGAAUUUCAAAAAAUUAUGAAUUUUUUAAGCCAAUUUAGAGUGGCUGAAUUUUUUUUUGUGAAAAAUAAAAAUUAAAAUCAAUUUCAAACGUGACCCAAUUUGUUUCCAACUCAAAAUUCACGGAAAAAAAAUUUCAAAUUUCAUUUUGCGAGUCAUUUUUCAAUCAACUAACAUGAGCAAUGUAUUUUUUUCGAAAAUUUGAAUUAUUCUGGAAUUUUUGAAAAACUUUGGAUUGUCUCAGGUAAAAUAAGGCCUACAGUAAUCAAACUGCAAAAUUUAUGGCCUACAGUAACCAAACUGCAAAAUUUCAAGCCUACAGUUAUCAAACUGCAAAAUUUAGGACCCACAGUAAUCACACUGCAAAAUCUAGGGACAAAAAAGUUUACAGUAACUAAACUACAAAAAUUAAAAUCCCUACAGUAAUCAGACUGCAAACUUUAGGGCAUACAGUAACCAAACUACAAAAUUUAGGGCCUACAGUAAUAAAACUGCAAAAUUCAGUUAUCAAAAAAUCCUACAGUAUUCCAACUGCAAAACUUAGGGGUCGAAAAAUUGAGAUGGCCGAAUUCCCAAAAUUUCUCGGCCACCCAAUUUUCUCUUCCAGGUUUUCCUGUUCCGUUUGGCAAUUCAUCCAUGUUAUCCCUGGUUUAUGCAAUGUGUUUCUCGAAAUUUGGUCUUCGAAGUUCCGCAAGCCGUCGUUUUCAUCUUCUCAAUUCUCAAUUUAGCCGAAGUCUAUUUUAUUCCACUUAUUAUUACUGUAGUUUGUUAUUCAUUGAUUUUAUGGAAAAUUUCGAAAAAGUCGAAAAAUGAAAAAGGAUGUGAGUUUGGGAAAAGAGGAAGGUCCCGGGGUCAAAAUUUCACGAAAAAUUCAAUUUUUUUCUCAAAAAUUGGAAUUUUUGAGGUCCGAAGCUCAGAAAAUCCUUUUUCAAAGGUCCCUGACUCAUAAUCUCCCAAUUUUCAGCCGAAAAAUCGUCUGAAAGUUUGCUCCGCCGAAAUGGCCAAAACAACCUGGAACGCGCCAAAUCUCGAACUUUGAAGUAAGUUUCAUUGAAAAUUUCAGCCGAAUCAUUCUGUUUCAGGAUGACAUUUGUGAUUGUUUUGGCGUUUAUUUUCUGCUGGACACCGUAUUCAAUUUGCACAUUUUUGCAUUUUUUAGGAAUGGGAAAUAUGUGAGUUUUGUUGAGGGAGUUAGAAAAAAAUCCACGUGGAUUUGAAGUUUAGCUAAAUUUUUAAAUUUAGCUCAAAAUACACGCGGAAUUAGGUUUUCCAGAUAAAACUCGAACAAUUUCUGGCGUUUCUGGAAUUUUCAAAGCGAACAAUUUUUUUUGAUCACGAUUUCAAAACUCCUAAUGAAAAAUUUCAAAUUCGGAAUUUUUUGUACUCAGAGAUUCGCUGGCCAGUUCGCCACUAGAUCAAGACCAGGUGGCCGGAAAGUUCAAAACGAGCUGAAUUUGAUUCGGCCACCAGGUCGCCUUGAGUUUUCCGGCCACGUGGUCUUAAUUUUUGUCAUCCAAAAAAGAAGGAAAGGUGGCUGUUUGUAUUCAAAACAGUCAAUUUUUUACUGUUUUUUGUCAUUCAAAGGUUUCAAACACUCCGAAAAAACAGAAAAUAAGCCAAUUUCUUCGAAAAUGCUCCGAUUCACAAGUUUUUUGAACUUUUUUCUUUCAAGCGAGACGAACUGGACGCGAGGUCGGCUUGAGGUGGACAGCCUGGGCGAGGUGGGCUGCAUGAACAGGACCACCUCGCGACCACGUCGUCUGGCAAAAAAUACGGGCGAUGUGGUUGUCCGUGUCAAUUUCAGAUGGCCAUUCGGUCCCACCUAGUGACCAGCUGGCCAGCUAAUCUCUGAGUAAGAAAAAUUCCACGUGGCAAAAUUUGAUUUUGAGAAAUUGAUUUUUUACUCCGAAAUUUGUAACUUCUUCAGUUUGAAAAAAAUUUGGUUUUCGAAAAAAAGGUUGAGCUCUCAAAAACCAUAACAAAUUCCCUUCCAGAAUCCCUGGAAAUUAUCGAAAAGUAAUCUACGCGUUCGCCUUCUUCAAUUCCGCAAUUUCUCCCUAUUUAUACGGUUAUUUUUCAUUUGACAUCAGGAAAGAAUUGCAAUUAUUAGUGGCUUGUUCAAAAUCAACAGCUUCAGAUCGACAUUUAUCGUGUUCAGCUAAUGUACAAAGGUAAUUUGCCACUGAUUUUUUUCAAAGCUUUUUAAAAAUAUAAUUUUUGAUUCAGAUUUGUUAUCAAAAAUGAUCUUUAAUCUAUCUCUAUCUACUUUCUACUAACAAAUUUUCUACUGGAAUUUUCUACAAUUUUGCAUGUGAAUUUUCUAGUUAAUUCUAUAGAACGAACCCAAAAAUUUUCAGAACUCAAGCAUCUGAAAGAAUGCGAAAACGAAGUGCAUCUGCAUGCAAUUUCGAGGAUAAAACGUGCCUAACUUUAAAACCGCCACGUGGACAAUCGCUACGUCAUAAGAAUUUGCAUUCAACUCUAGCUAAUAACAAUAAUAAUGCGUUGAAUCAAUAUAUGAGUUUGGAUGUUUAA